AUGUCAGGCACUACAUUUGACGUUCUCAUCAUUGGCGCCGGCAUCAGCGGUAUCAAUUCUGCUUACAGGCUUCAAGAAGGUCUGCCAGACUACUCUUAUGCUAUCCUCGAGGGCCGCAAUGAAAUAGGUGGCACUUGGUCCCUGUUCAAGUAUCCUGGCAUCAGAUCUGACUCUGAUCUGCACACGUUUGGCUUUGCCUUUGAUCCCUGGAAAGAGGAUCGGUCCAUCGCCGAUGCACCUUCGAUCCUUAAGUAUGUCAAGGCAACGGCGGCUCGUCAUGGCAUUGACAAGCACAUCUUGUACCACCACAAGGUCGAAAAGAUGAACUGGUCGAGUGAACAUCAGCAAUGGCAACUCGAUGUCACCAUUAACGAAACCGAAAAGAAACGAUUCUACGCGCGCCACCUCUGCCUUGGUACUGGCUACUACGACUACAAGACGCCUCUGCAAAGCAAGAUCCCUGGCAUUGAGAAAUUCAAGGGGACCGUGGUGCAUCCACAAUUCUGGCCCGAGGAUCUCGACUAUACGGACAAAAAGGUCGUCAUCAUCGGCAGCGGAGCGACAGCCGUCACUAUCUUACCAAACAUGGUCGACAAAGUCAAACAUAUCACCAUGUUGCAGCGAAGUCCGGGCUACUUCCUUCCAAUUCCCCUUAGUGAGCCAAUCGAUCGAUUCAUUAAAAAGGUCCUGCCAGAGAGUUGGGCGUACAAGGUCAUCCGCAUCAGAUUCAUGAUCGUGGCAGUCUUGUUCUUCCAGUUCUGCCGGCUUUUCCCAAAGCAAGGGAUCCAGGUCCUGCGCAAGGGGACCGAGAAGGAAUUGCCACCAAACAUUCCCUUCGAACCUCAUUUCGUGCCCAAGUAUAACCCAUGGGAGCAGAGAAUGUGUAUCACUCCAGGCGGUGACUUCUUCGCAGCCCUCCGCACCGGUAAAGCCGACAUCGCCACGGACACCAUCGAUACAGUUACUGAAUCCGGCAUCAAACUCAAUUCCGGUAAGACCCUCGACGCCGACAUCAUCAUUACUGCCACGGGUCUCAGGAUUCAGUUUGGUGGCGGUGCGACUGUGGCAGUCGACAAUGAGCCGGUUCAGCUCAGUCAGAAAUACACCUGGAGAGGUGCCAUGAUGCAGGAUCUGCCCAAUUUUACCUUUGUCUUUGGGUAUACAAAUGCUAGCUGGACGCUUGGUGCCGAUGCCACGGCGCAGCUCUGGGUCAGAAUCCUCAAAACCAUGCGCGACAAGGGUUUGACUACUGUGGUGCCUCAGAUCGGCGACAAGGAGGUCGUUCUGAAUGUGCCAUUCCUCAAUUUGAACAGCACUUAUAUCAAGGCUGCGGAGUCGCAGAUGCCCAAGGGCGGCGACCGAGGUCCCUGGAAGCCGAGAAGUUCCUUCCUCAAGGACAUGUGGUUCGCUAAAUUCGGUAACAUUCAGAAUGGAUUGCGGUUUUCUCGAGUCUCAACUUGA